AUGGCAGUCCGUCCUCACGAGCUGCAGAGGCAGUCCGAGGAGCUCCUGCGACAGAUGGGCGUCCUGCUAGCGCCCUCUCCUUGCAUCUGCCACUGGCGCGCCAUCGACACGACGCCGCUUUCUUUUUCCUCUCCAAUCGACCGCGCGAUGUCCAAUGGGCCACCAUAUCCCACGUUCCCCCCAGCGUCCGCCGUCCGCGAAGCUGCUCUGCUGUCAUCACAGCGCGCAGCUGGCAGCUCGACGCGACGCGGCCAUGUCCCUGCAGCGCGAGCUAAACCCGCUGGUGGUGACGACUCGGUACUGGCUCCCUGGGGAUUCCGGGUCCUCGGUGUUGAGCCAUCGCGGCUCCAGCAGACAAUUUCCAUAAAUGAGGCUCCAGCAGCAGCAAUCCUUGGGGUCCCGGCCUGGGACCGGGCCUGCGCCGCGCAUUCUGGCUAA